GUCGACCUUUGAGCAUCACCCAACACCCAACCAAUUCAACACCACUAUCGUCACCUUCGGUUCGCACCGUCGCAUCUGCCUACCAGGUGACCUUGACCUCGACUACUCAAUAGACGACCGUUGUUCUUCCAUGCCACGUUCCUAGUCCGGUUGCAUCCUUUGGCAGGGGUCUUCCAGGUUCACUCUUCCCACACCUGGCAUCAUGGCCACCUCAAGUCUCUCACCACUACAAUCUCCUCCUCCUGUGUCCUCGAACAAUUCCACCCUAAGGCCUUCGCAUGUGAACCGCGCCUACACCGCUCCUGACAAAAUGUCGGUUAACGGCCACUUUGCCUCCGCUGGUCAGAACGGCACCGCCAACUUCGACAAUGGUGUUCAGGUCAUUGACGAGGACAAGGAAUUCAAUCCUGAUCUAUCGAAAUAUCUGCAACACACUGACGUGGCCCACGCCGGCUUCAACUACCAUACCAUCUCCGUCUUUGGAUCUCAAUCAACGGGUAAAUCCACCCUACUCAAUGCCCUGUUUAGCACCGAUUUCUCCGUCAUGUCCGAGGCCGAGCGACGACAGACAACAAAGGGAAUAUGGUUGUCAAAGAACAAGUCCGCUGCCUCAAUGGCAGACAAUAUCCUGGUCAUGGACGUUGAAGGCACAGACGGUCGGGAAAGAGGCGAGGACCAGGACUUUGAACGCAAGAGCUCCCUCUUCGCCUUGGCCACCAGCGAAGUAUUGAUGAUCAAUAUUUGGGAACACCAAGUCGGACUAUAUCAAGGAGCAAACAUGGGACUACUAAAGACCGUUUUCGAGGUCAAUUUACAGCUCUUUCUCAAGGACAAGAAGUCAAGUACAAGGAGUCUCCUCUAUUUUGUCAUCCGAGACUUCUUGGGAACAACCCCAUUGCAGAAUUUGCGGAAUACUUUGAUGCAAGACCUCGGUCGCAUCUGGACAAGCCUUUCCAAACCGUCGGGGCUCGAGAAUAGUAGUAUAGAUGACUACUUUGACUUUGCCUUCACAGCCUUGCCCCACAAGUUAUAUCAGCCAGAUCAAUUCAAGUCCGAGGUCGCCAAGAUGGCCCAAAGAUUCAACAAUGGCCACAGGGAUCGAAGGAGAGAUGCACUGUUGGGCGAAUUCGAGGGUGGUAUCUUCCUCCCAGAGUAUCAUCGGAGAAUUCCCGCCGACGGAUUCUCCCAUUAUGCAGAAGGUAUCUGGGAUCAAAUUGUCAACAACAAGGAUCUGGAUUUACCAACACAGCAGGAAUUGCUAGCCCAGUUCCGGUGCGACGAAAUCAUGCGAGAAGUCAUGCUCGCCUUUGAUGCUGGUAUUCUUCCAUUCGAGACCCAACAACUGGAUGCUGUCAAGGUCGGCCGACCAGAAAUCAUCUCCGGCCUAGGAGCGGCCAUGAAGACCACGAGGAUAGAGGCGAUUCAGAAUUUUGAGACCGAAGCGAGUCGAUAUCACAAAGGCGUCUACCAAAGGAAAAGGACUGAGCUUGAGAGCAAAAUCGACACCAGGUUGAAGGCGCUGUAUUCCGGACAGCUCUCCGCUGCACAUAAAGAUGGAGUCCAGCAAUUCUCGGAUGCCGUCAGUGCGGCUGUCAAAUCCGGACAGAAAAAGGGCGCGUCAUAUGAUUUUGCCGAGAUCGUCAAAGAACAAAAGAAAAUCGCUCUACAAAAGUUUGAAACAGCCGCACAAGAAGCCACCCUCGAAGGACUUGCGUGGUCGAAUUACAAGCAUGAAUUCUCACUCUAUCACAAAGACCUUGACAAGGUAUCUGGCCAACUGCGCCGGGACGAAAUGCGCCGGCUAGCCACAAGGGUUGAGCGCUGGGUCCGGAGUAAGUUGAACGACAGCAUCGGCCUGGAAUUCAAUGCCCUCGGCUCAGGCCGUGGUGGUGGAGGCGCGCCAGAAAGCGGAGACAGAUCUACGGAAAAAGGCAUCUGGGACCGCAUCUGGGUUCUCUUCACCGAAACCGUGUCUGAGGCCGAACAGCGAUUUGCAGCCCGCGCGGCCUCAUUUGACGCCAGCGAUGAAGAAGUUGAGGUUGGAAUUUGGCGGCUGCGAAGGAAAUCGUGGGGCGUGCUGCGCGCAAAGAUCGACGAGGAAAUGAUGGAGGGCAACCUAUUGCUGAAAUUGCGCGAAAACUUCGAGGACAAGUUCCGGUAUGACGAAGCUGGCGUACCAAGAAUCUGGCGCCCUACGGAUGACAUUGAGGGGAUAUAUACCAAAGCCCGAGAAAGUACUCUCACACUCAUUCCUUUGCUCUCACGAUUCCGGCAUUCUGAAACCGGGAGUCCACCGCCUCUUGACCGAUGGAUUGGCCCGACGCCAUCGGCGGCUACUGCUGCCGAUGAAGAAGAUCUCACUCCCAUUGGCGGAGUAGACGAAGACGAGGGAAAGAGUCUUGAAGAAGAGACGACGAUCCUCAACGAAGGCAAGCGACAAGACCUGACGGUGCGAUUCAAAAAGGCGGCCGAUGGUGUCUAUGUCGAGGCAAAACGUAGCGCGAUUGGUGGCAUGACCCAGGUGCCUUUGUACUUUUACGGUCUCCUCCUUGCCCUAGGCUGGAACGAGAUCGUGGCUGUCCUUCGCAAUCCUGUCUACUUCAUGUUCCUGAUCCUUCUCGGGAUCGCUGCAUAUGUUAUCUUCACCCUCAACCUUUGGGGACCUCUUAUCAACAUGACCAACGCUGCCUCCCAACAAGCCCUGUCCGAAGGCAAGAAAAGGCUCCGAGAAUUCCUCGACGAGUCGCCCGCCGCAAGACAAGCGCUAUCUGCCGCUGGUGGCGACGAGUACGAAUUGACCAGCAGAUCACCAAAAAGGUCGAGUAAGUUGAAGACGGAUGGGGCCGAUGAUGACGGGGAUGAGAUCUAGAGACGAUGACUAUAUCAUGUCGCUGUUGGGGACGAGAAGUCCAAAGCAGGCAUACAAGCAAAAAGCAGAACGCACGUGACGAUACGACAGAAUCAGAUUCAAUCUUGUCUAGUAGAAUUGGAUCCAUGACCACUUGAUUCAGGAACCUUCAUACAUAGCCAGGACUGCCUGCGUCUAUUCUGAUGAAUGAUAAGGCGGCCCUGGUGCGCUGGUGUUAGCGGCAUAGAACGGUAUAGCACAGUAUUACACCACAUAAUCUCAAUGAUGACCAUGGCAAUCAAUAUUCAUCCAUCCGCGCUGUACGAUAGU